CAUAAAAUCUGCAAGGUUUCCCAAACUGUGAUACCAUUGAGAAGAACUAGGGUUUCAUUUUCUCGAUCAGAAAAAAAAAGUAAAACAAAGACACGAUGAUUUACGACGUUAACUCUCCUCUUUUCCGAUCCUUCCUCAGCCAGAAGGGAGGCUCCUCCGAUAAGAGGAAAACCGAGGAACAGAAGCCAAGAGAACAGAGAUUCAAGGCCAACGAGAACAAGCCUGUUAUGACAGAGUGAUGACAGCUUAUUCAGAUGUAUAAUGAAAUAGCAUGGUAUUUUGUUAUUUUACUGGUGCUAUAAAAUGGAAGACAUUUUUGGUUGUUUUCUGUUAAAUAUGGUGUGGUGACUGUAGAACAUGUUAUUGUAAUGGUUUGAUUUGGUUGUUUGGCUUUGACAAUACAUGCAAUGAAGCUACUCGUUUAAAAGUUGUGUUUGAAUAUUUAAAUUACUACGUGAAA